AUUGCUCAUCUACGGACAAGCAACUCUCAGGAGGUCUUUGAGCAAGUAUUUUGAAGUUUCCUCUCGACUACAAGCUAUUCAUCUUCAGCCCCUGAGGAUGCAGCUCCCACUCAUCCUGGCGAGUUUGCUCGCUACUCUACCGGCUACGCAUUCCGCGCCUGUCUCCGCCGUCACUCACUACGACGAGCCACCCAUGUGCGGCUACGUACUUACAGUCCGGAACAGCAGUGCUUACGCUGGUAUCUCGGCAUACUCGUCCUGCACAGCAAUAUACUACAACAGCUCCAUACCCGGAUACCAACAAGCAUAUGCUUAUAGUGUCUUUGGAGGCUGUGGAUGCUCGUUUCAUGUGAGCGAGGAAGAAUGUAUGGAGUCCACAGAAGCCCGGUGGUAUGAAGGACCGAUUGGAACACCUGGCAAAGAGCUCAGUUUUGAUGAGCCGAGGCCGAAGUGGUACAAUUGCGCAACAACGGGCUAGCGCUGGUUGUAGACUGCACUUCUCACAAUCACUUGCAUGGUAUCAAUUGGGAAACACUCAUGAAUUAACAUUUCACUAUCUGGAAACCCCCACACAACAAACACC